CACCAUUGUCAUCCUCCCGCCCCUUCGCAGCCAUCGCAGAGUCUGACGCAAAGGCAUCCACACAGACACUAUCGCCGUCGUUCGUUCCGGUCUGCCCCGCUCAAUUGUCUGUGUCAGUCGUUUGCCACUGACGAGCAUCAACAGUCGCAGGUGUUGAUGCUCUCAAGUAACACACAACUGACCGACAACUGGGGAGGACAGCACAGCCAGGUUCACCUCACCUCACCUCACUUCACCUCACUGUCUGUCUGUCUGGUGUGCACGCAACGGCGCACAGCAAUAUAUGGGAUACCUAUAUGGCCAGCCCACACACAACACAAAAAAGACAAAACCCGACAAUCAAGAUGGGCCCCAUCCAUCCAUUCGUUCCAUCCAUCCACCCACCCAGCCAUGCAAUGCGUUGGUGUGCAUCCAUCGGCUGGCAAAAAAGACCAAACCACACUCACAUAUGGCAUGGAUGGGUGGUGGGAACACCCAGUGGUCAAAAACGGUGAUGUAUAUUAUAUGUACACAACAUCCACACACGCCAAAUGCACUCACUGCCACGUGUUGUCGUGUGUUGCUGUUCGGGGGCACGUGCACAGCGGCCGACACCAUAGACGUCACGAAACGCCACACACAGCAGCGGGUGCUUCGAAGCGUCACCGGCGGGCCUUUUACAAGACGCCACCCCAACACGCAAUCACGGUCACAAUCGCGGACUUUCUCACCGAGACACACAUAAACAGCCAUACACAAACGUGGUCCAUUGUCUCUGAGACCCACCCUCACAAAUGCAGUCAUUGUUUGGCGGGGCGGGGGGGACACACACACACACACACACACACAUUCACCCACACGCGUGCACAAGAGAGCACGUGUCACUGUUGCCAUCGUUGCAACACGUGACGGGUCGAUCACUCAGCCAGUUAGCAUCCCCCGCGUCGCGGCACCAAAUCUAUCGCUCUUGAGACAGUUCCAUCCCCUCCGACGGGCCUGCGCCCGGGUGCCCUGCACACACACACACACACAGGGGUUACUUACAUCCGUCGGGCUGCAUGGCCGGCGUGUGUGUCUGUCUUGUCUGUCUGUCCCCACCAUCCAGUCGAUGUAGCAUCCCUCGAGGUAUCUGUGGCCGCUGAAGUCCGUGCGGGCAUGCAGCACUCGGUAGUUGUCCAUUAUCACCACCUCACCUAAACACACAACCACAACACAACACAACACAAGCCAGCCCAACACACACGCAUGCACGGACCAACACACGGACACGUGUGGAAUACUUGGGUACCUUCUUGCAAGGGCAUGACCACCUGGUUGGCGGGGUCGUUGACGAUCUCUCGGAAGAGCCCCAGCGCCUCAUACAUGGCCGACAGCUCACUCGCCGGCCGACGCCAGCCCAACGAGAAACGUGAAAAGUCGGCAAAACACACCUGCAGACAGACAGACACACACAGACACAGUCGAAUGGAAUGCCCUGAUGCGGAAGGAGUGGCUGCCGGCGCACCGCACCUGUGUGACGUCGCCUUGUUCGUUAAGGCGGAAGACCGGGUGCUCAGCGAGGCAGUCCCAGUCGUCGAUGCACACGCGGUAGGGCACAGGCACGCGACACAACAACCUGACAGACAGACAGCCACGACACUCCAGAUGCACCUAUGCACCUUUCCCCUGCCCUCUAUUCACUCACUGACUCAAAUGCGUCAGGAUGCUCGCGCCGGAGCUUCUCCGCAGCGAAGAGGCCGUCAGAGAAGACCGAGUGGCCGCCUCUCUCUGCCGGCGUGACGCAGUGCAGCAUGAUCAGCCCCGGAGGGGUCUCGAAGUAGCACGUGUCGGUGUGCGGCUUGAUGGCAUCGCUGGAACCGUACGCCACAUUGUUGCCCUUCCUGCGUAUAGGGCCACCACAAGGAGAGAAGAGAAGUCAUGCCGCCUAGAGCUCUCGGUUCUCUCUCUCUCUCACCCACGCACCCACCCACCGUGUGUUUUGUAUGUCGAAGAUCGACCCCCACGGCGACUGAAUGACAUACCCCGAAAGGUCUGUCGAGAGGCUCGCCACCACACCCUUGGCCGUCCCGGCUGCACGCAGCUUCGCCAGCCCAUGCCUCUCCAGCUCACAAUACACGGCGAACAACCCCAUGUCAUACGCGGCCGUAUCGCUGUCACGCGCCGCCAUCAGUGAGGGGUAGUCGUGCCACUGGAGGGCGUCGAUUGGGCCGCUCCACGGCGCCUUGGUGAUGUGCAGGCCGGCCCGUGGGUCCCACGACGUUGCUGACGUGGGGAGGGGCUGCUUGUGGGUGUGGGCAGAGGGUGAGAGGGGGUGGAGGAAGGGCACCUGGCCGAUGUGGCCGUCUGAGAAGUGCACGUCCAGCCACCCGCUAUGCUCCUUCGAGUGGUUCAGCGACGUCACACUCACAUCUGCACACACACACACACCCCACCCAUCACAGACCAACCAAGAACCCGCAUGGCCUUCAUCCUCCUUUGCCCGUGUGUACCAGAGAAGCGCAGAGGCCGUCGCUGAUCUGCUGUCUUGAUAUAGCAUUGCGGGCACCGGCAGUUCUCCCUAAGCUGCUCAUGUGUGAAGGUGCUGACCGUCGGCCCCAUGGAGGGGUGGCUGGGAAGAGUCAGAUGGACGCCCAACUUGUCGAUGUGGUACUGCAGGGGCGAGGAGGGAGAUGCCGAUGUCGCCUCGCCGCGGGAGUGGGGAUGCUUGAAUGCUGCACACGCCGAUCGGAGAGUGCUGUACAGCGAAGACGCGAGGCGACGCAUGCCAAUGCUUGUUGCAAAUGGCAGAUCUGACCCCCUGAUAUGCAGAUCACUCCUCCCUCUUCCUCCUUCUCCUCUCCC